AUGGAAGCGUCGUUCAUUAGAUCUCUACCGUCCGCCGGAAACUUCGCCAACCUCUUGCCGACCGGAACCGCCCUCAUGUUCGAAACCCUUAUCCCUUCUUUCUCCAAUGGCGGCGAAUGCACCAAUAAACCCGCUAAUAAACUCCUCACCAUUUCCCUCAUCUCCUUUUGCGCCGCGGCUUGCUUCUUCUCCUCUUUCACUGACUCUUUCGUAGGCGAAGACGGCCGCAUUUACUACGGAAUUGCCACCGCCAACGGUCUCUACAUCCUCAACGACUAUCCAGACGACGACGGUUAUGAUCCGGAAUCCGGCUUAACUGGCGACAAAAAACGGAGAUACAAGUUGAGUUUUGUCGAUUUCGUGCAUGCUUUUGUGUCCGUUGUCGUGUUCUUGUCGUUAGCCGUAGAGAGUUCGGAUUUUCGGAGGUGUUUGCUCCCUGAGGACGACGGCCAUAGUUGGGGUGGUCAUUUCGUACUUAUGAUCAAGUAUUUUGCGGUUAUGGUGGUGACAGUGGCGAGCUUUUUCUUUGCUAUCUUCCCCACAAAACGAAGAGGCAUCGGAUUUACGGACAUUCGUUGA